AUGGCCAACUCGACGCUUCAGUCGUUCAAUGUCUUUCUAACGGAACGAUUGACCGCAGCUGCAGUGGACAUCUACGGCUUCGUUGAGAAGACCAUAAUAGACUACCAGGAGGAGGUGUACCAAACUAAACUGGAGAACCAGAGGUUGCAGCGGCUGUUGGAUCUGGUCUACAAACCAGAGAUCAGGCUGCACCGGGCAGAUUCAAGGCAGAUCGAUUUGCCCUCAUCAACACAGGAGGUUUGUGCUCAGGAGCAGCAGAUACAGAAGGAAUGUAUACCCAGUGAGGCCAAGGAGGAGCCAGUCAUCCUGCCCAUUAAAGAGGAACUGACUGAAUUUAGGACCAGGUCUGUUGAGACACCUGUACGUCCUGCAUACAGUUACAGACACACCAACUCAGAUUGUCACAAUGCACCGACAUCGGUGGAGGGGAUUGCCCCUAAACAGCAGGAGUGGAGCCCAGGUGUGUGCCAGGACCAGCCAGGACCUUCCCAGAUUGAAGAGGAGCAUGAAGAGAAGAAGGAGGAACUGUGGAUCAACGGGAUAGAGGAGCAACCCUCAGCAGAGGACAGCGAUGACGGGGAUGCCUUGACGAAAGAGCUCAUCAAAACAGUGCAGCAGUUAGAAGACUGUAGAGCGGCAGAGGAGAGCAGAGAGCCAAAGCAAACCCUUGAAGAGGAUCCAGAAAACUCUCAAGAUAAGACCAGUACCACCUUGUAUCGCUGCCACAUAUGCAACUACAUUUUCACCCAAAAAAACGUGCUUACGUGGCACCUCAAGACGCACGAAAGCAAGUCACAUGACGGCAGGGGAAACUUUGACUGUCACAUAUGUGGCAAACACAUACCCUGUCAGAGCAAUCUGCAGAACCACAUGAGAGUCCACACCGGAGAGAGACCCUACAGCUGCCAUUUCUGUGGCAAGUGUUUUAAACUGAAAGGACACAUGACAGAACAUAUAAGAACUCACACAGGAGAGAAGCCUUUCAGCUGUCACGUCUGUGGCAAGUCUUUCAACAGGGGUUCAACUCUGAGGAAACACGUUUUAGCCAAACAUAAGGAGGAGAGGCCAUACAAAUGUGGGGACUGUGAAGAGUUAUUCACUGAAAGGCUGCUGAUGAAGAGGCACAUGCGAAAAGUUCACGGAGUAAAACUGUCCACAAGUCAAAGUCCUGCCUAG